AUGUCUGACUUUAACGAGUCAUUCAAUGCUUUGUGUCUUGUUGUUCCUAGAAUACGCCAGGUUUUAACAAAUACUGGGUUUGGUAGAUGGGCAAGAGCUCAUUGUCCCGGCAAUCGAUACCACUAUAUGACAUCUAAUAGUGCGGAGUCUAUUAACUCUUUGUCUAGAUUCUCGCGUAAGAUGCCGAUAACGCAACUUAUCAAAUUUUUCCGCGAGUCUGUACAAAAAUGGUUUUAUGACCGUCGACUGCAGGGCAUGCAGGAGAGCCAUUCACUGACUCAGUGGGCACAGAAGAAAAUUUUAAAGAAAAUUGAAGGGUCUAGAACCUGGACUGUUGCAGGCAUCCGGGUAAACAGUUUUGUUGUUGAAGACGGUGGGAAAAGGGGUGUAGUUGAUUUUUCGAAUCGUUCGUGCAGCUGUCGUGUCUGGCAAGUUUCUGGUCUACCUUGUGGGCAUGUGAUUGCUGUUUCAAGAUUUUUGGGUGAAGCUGACUGCAGUCAUUAUGCUUUCUCGUGUUAUUCAAACGAAGUAUACAAAAAAACGUAUGAAGAAUCGAUUAAUCCUCUGCCUCAUAGGUCUGAAUGGGUGAUACCAGAAGGCCUUAGCAGUGUAUUACCCCCGAAUAUUACAAAACGUCAAUCAGGUCGUCCAAAAGAAAACACCCGAAUCUUGUCUCGUGGGGAAGAACCUGUUCCGGUAUAUUGUUCGCGGUGCCGAACAUACGGACAUGUUCGUGACGUUUGUUUAGAUCCAAUGAAAUCACAGAUUCGUUCACGUAAAUCAUCAGGAAAAGGAAAAGGAAAAGGGAAAGAGAUAGAAACCCAGAGUCCAACGGAUGACAUUUUUCCAUCUUAUAAUUUAGCAGAAUUUUAA